CCAACAACAGCCAUCGUGCACAAACAUACUCACAUCUCCUACAACUCACACGACACUAUGCCCGCUCCACCACCACCGCCGCCUCCACCUCCGCCCAUGCCGGGUCGAGGUGCUGGGGGGCCACCGCCGCCGCCCAUGCCUGGACGAGCGCCUGGAGGAAAACCGCCUAGCGGAGCCGGACGGGGAGCGCUUUUGACCGAUAUCAACAAGGGCAUGAAGCUUAAGAAAACCACAGUAGUCAACGAUCGAUCCGCUCCGCAAGUUGGUAAAGUCUCAGAUGGACCCAGCGCACCACCCAUUGGAGGCGCGCCGCCCGUUCCCGGCAUGAAUCGAGCCCCUCCGCCUCCCUCAGGUCUUGCGCCGCCUGUUCCUGGGAAUCGAGCGAGGAGUAACAGCGACACAGGAGGAGAUGGCGGGGGGAUAGUCAGUGCUGCGCCUCAACUAGGCGGACUGUUUGCAGGGGGAAUGCCCAAGCUGAGGAAGGCUGGCGGUGUCAAGACAGGUGCUGAAAGCAGCUCGCCAUAUCUUUCAGAUCCCGAAUCAUCACGAGGCUCGGCACCACCACCACCACGAGGAGCAGCGCCAAAGCCUCCAGGUGCCCCUCCAGGUGCCCCUCCGCCGUUGCCUACCGCAAGACCACCACCGAACCCAUCUGUAGCUGCGCUUAGAAACAAUCUCCGACCAGCUUCUGUCACGUCAACACAUUCCAUGUACGAGAUAGGCUCGAAACCAAAACCUCCCCUUCCCGGAAAGAAACCGCCUAUACCGCCCCCUUCGUCGCGAAAACCCUCUGGAAUAGCACCUCCGCCACCUGCAUCACCCGCUCGAGCUCCACCCGUGCCUGGAUCCGCGCCUCCAGCUCCACCCCCUCCCCCUCCAUCACAUACUCCCUCAGCGCCUCCGCCUCCACCGCCCUCGUCUGUGCCUUCUGCACCACCUCCACCACCACCGCCAUCAGCCCCGAGAGCCCCUUCUCGUUCAAUAGCACCUCCGCCGCCACCUCCAAACCGACAAUCUUCCGAAGACGAUGACAACGAUGACGAAUAUGACCCAUAUAGAUAUACGAAUGCCCCUCCAAGGCCUCCAUCUGCGCCCGCACCCCCGGCGCCCAAGGCACCCACAAAUGGACAGACAUCAAUAGCCGAGCAAGCUGCACGCAAUGCUUUUGGGCGCUCAUCACCCGCAGCGCCUCCGCCGCCACCUCCAGGUUCUCCACCGCCUUCUACGCCUAGUGUGCAUGCUCCUCCACCGCCCCCAAGUUCACCACCUAGUAGACCAGCGACACAAACCCCUUUGCGGUCUAUGCUGGAUCCUAGUUCUUACACUCUGUCCAAUGGCGGUUCGGGGGCUAUAGGAGGAUCCACGAGCGCGGGCGCAGGUUCAAGCCAGAGGGGAAAGAUUGUGCCCAUUCACGAUUUGAGAUGGCGAUUUGUGGAUGAAGCACAGUUCCCUAAGCCUAGAGAAUUCACGGGAGGAGCAAAAAGAUAUCGUGCAGGGAGGGGGAGCAGCGUUCCGUUGGAUCUAAGUGCCUACGAAUAG